GCUGUGUUACAAUGUAGUUUUGAAGAAGGUGCCCGCACUGUUGUCAAAUAACAGUAAGGUAACAGAGUGAUAGUGAACACAACAAACAGGGGAUAUCACUCGUCUCGAUCUGAACAAACUCUGUCAGAACGCAGUUUGGUUACGUGUUAAACCCUGGUCUCCGAUUCUGUGGACCUCCUGUUGGACAAACCAAGCUGACAACGCCGUCAGUGACCCUGCAGAAUGGCUCGACCUCUGCAGCUCCUCUCUGUGCUCUCCAGGCUCGGUGCUCUCUCAGUGACGCCCUCAGUUUCUACUAACACCUGUCGAUUUUCAAGCAGAGGGGUCGGUAAGGCAUGGAUGGGACAGAGCCAGGUGCACAGAGACAGAUCAUCCAACAGAGCUCCAAAAUACACCGAUGUAGGAUCCGAUGAAGACCGAGGACUGGAGGAUGUGGAAGACAAACUGCAGGCUUUGGUUGAUGUGGAGAGAAAGAGGCAGAAGACUGUGAAAUAUCACAUAAUGAGGAGACAGAUGACAGCAUCAGGAGCUCCACAGAGGAAGUUAACCUGGGAGGCUAUCGAGCAGAUAAGAUAUCUGAAGCAAGAGCAGCCCGAGGAGUGGACAGUUGAGCGUCUGGCUGAGGGCUUCUCUGUCACACCUGAUGUCAUCCUGAGAGUCCUCAGGAGCAAGUUUAUUCCCGCUCCUGAGAGAAAAGUCAGGCAAGAUGCUAACGUGAUGCCUGGGCUCGGUCAGCAGGUGCUGCCUUCAGGUGCUGGUUCAGGCCAGAACAGACUGAAGCUGGCUGGAAACCGAGCAGCAGCUGCUCUCCCCUCUGGAAGUAAAGAAAGUGUUUUGGUUCCUGUGGCUGACCGGACUCUGUUGAUUCAAAGAAAAGGCUCAGCAUCUUUGGCCAAGAGUCCCGCACCUGUUGCUGUUCUGCCCACCCAGUUCAUGUCAGAUGUUAGUAAAGACACCACAGUGACAAUAAGAGGAGAGGACAGUAAUACCAACACAAAUCCUGCAGGGGACAACACAGAGGAUGAGGAGGACUGGGAUGGACAGGUGUUGUCGGAGGAAGAACUCGAGGAGCUCAUGGAACUGAAAAGGCCUUCUCCAGUGGUGCAAGUUGGGAAUGAUUUCUUAGACGCAGAGGGAAACCUUUUGUAUAGAAUCUGAGGUCUUCCUGUGUUUCUGGAUGAUCAAGUUGGCGUAAUUACACUCAAUGAUAAUCAGUGGCUUUUUACUGUGCAUGCCUUUAACAGGCAAAAAAAGAUGAAAUGUAUAACAAAUAAAAAUAUUAUUUUGUA